GUGAACGAGCGCCAGUUCAACAUGAUCCGGGACGCCGGCUUCCAGACCAGGGUCUUGCACGACGUCCCAAACCCCGAGCUGCCGAAUUUCAACAUGACACCCCACAUCUACAAGCUGAGGGACCACAUCAGGGAGUACCAGCCCGACCUCCUGGCGGUGGCCUCCAAGGGGGGCGCGUACCUGGCCGUGCUGUGGCACCUCCGCUACUGGACCGGGCCCACGCUCGUGCUGAACAGGCACCCCACGCUGACAGCGUUCCCUCGGGACGCGAACGUGGUGCUGGCACACGGUUCGAACGACGAGGCAGUCAUCAGGACCGGCGACCCGAACAAGUGCCUGCUGUACUACACCAACAACAGCGGGCUGCUGGGCGGGAAGACGCUCACCCGCGAGGGGGACCACCACAACAUGGAGUCCCUGCUGCUGUACGACUGCCUGCCGCGCCUCUGCGACGCCGCCCUGUGCCGGGAGGGGCCCGAGAUGCAGUUCCAGCAGUCGUGGAUGCAGAUGAUCACCGACGAGCGCUCCGAGGCUGAGCGCUGGCUUGGCUUCACCAUGUCUGACCUGCGCCGGCUCUGGGGCGCGCAGGGCACCGACGAGAGGGUGGCGUUCGAGGUGCCGCGGGGGUGCGAGGAGUGGGAGAUGGUGGGCGUGAUCUUCAAGGAAAUCCGCGCGGACCUUCGACAGUUUAUGCUUCUGCUGUGUGUCCCUUCCUCGAGCAUCGAGAUCCUGAGAAUAGACCGCGUGGAGAACUCGUUCCAGGACGAGGGCUGCGAGGCGUACGUCAGGACCAUGCAGCGCGGCCUCGAGCAGCAGGGCCUCAUCUUCCGGCCGGGCCUGCACACGAGGUGGGCCUUCCACGGCUCCAGCGCCGUCGAGGCCAUCGUGCGCGAUCCGGUGGCCGGCUUCCAGCCGCUGCUGGGCGGGAGCCGCGCCAGCACCGUGUGGGGCCCCGGAACGUAUUUCGCCCGGGACGCCAAGUACGUCUACGACGGGGGCUUCAGCAGGAUCUUGCCCGACGGCAGCAAGCAGAUUCUCCUGUGCCUGCUCAUGACCGGCAUGGUCUGCCUCGGGGACCCGGAGCACAAGGGCCUCUUGCCAAUCCGCUCGGGGCACCACAGAUACAACAGUUCCGUUGAUUACCUGUCGAACCCAGAGAUAUCCAGCUGCCUGGGGCAAACCACGUCAGUGUGCCAGUCCCGAUUUCGCUGCCCGUCCUGGAGAGCCCUCGCUGCCACGGCUGGAUUCUCCUUGAAAUUCUAA